AUGAAUGAAGCAACAUUACCAAGACAUCUCUCUUCCUCAAGUGCCAGUAACAUUGGUUAUGAUGUUUUGUAUCCCGGGCACAUUCCUACAAAUACAUUUCAAAAAUUUUUGUUAGCAUUUGGAUCAUCUGCCAUCACCUUGUUCAACCCCAGCAGAGGAGACAUGUUGGCUUUGUUUGGUGAAACAUCUGGCGCCUGCGCCCUGCAGAGGAUGAAGAAGAGGAUGGAGCAAGAUGAAGAAGGAAGACUCAUUUUGAGAGAGAAGCCAGUGAUUAAUACAGGCACAGUUGAUUUAAACAAAUUGAAGGAACUGUCAGAUGGAACCUUUGGGAGGGUUUAUCACGACUGGCUGAAACCUAAUCAAGCGCACCCUGAUGAAAGACUUCCCGUUCAAUUUGUUGACGAUGCUGAACUUGCUUACGUCAUGCAGAGAUACAGAGAGAUACAUGACAUCACACAUGUUAUCCUGGGUAUGAACACUAACAUGAUCGGUGAAGUCACUGUCAAACUCUUUGAAGGUAUUCAAACUGGUCUACCAAUGUGCGUCACUGGUGGAAUUUUUGGCACGUGGAGACUUGGUCCCAAACAUAUGAAGUUGUAUUUUGACACGCACUUCAAGUAUGCUAUUAAGCAGGGGUUCAACGCUAAGUCCUUCAUGAAUGUAUAUUUCGAGAAAUACUGGGAAAUGAACAUUGAUGAACUAAGAAGUCUUCUAAAUGUUGACAAACCACCCUACACUCCUAAAAAGAAAAAUAUUUAUUACCAAAAGUCAAAUUAA